AGAUGGAGAAAGAUGGAGGUGUGGCAGCAUUCGUGUUCAUGGUGAUAGUGCAGUUAGGCUAUGUUGGUAUGAAUAUCAUAGCAAAAUUGGCAAUGGAUACCGGAAUGAGUCCUUUUGUGGAAGUUGCAUAUCGCCAACUUUUUGCUACGCUUUCUAUUGCUCCUCUUGCUUACUUCAUGGAGAGGAAUAAUCGCCCUAAAAUGACACGAGGUAUCUUAUUCCAGAUCUUCUUAUGCUCCAUAUCUGGAGUGACAGUGAACCAAAUCACAUAUUUCGUGGGACUGAAGAAUUCAACUCCAACAAUUGCGUGCGCGUUAACCAACAUCAAUCCCGCGGUCACCUUUAUCAUGGCUGUUGCCUUUCGACUGGAAAACAUAAGCGUGAAGACCAUGCGAGGGCUUGCAAAAAUAGCGGGCACGGCCUUGUGUGUAGGAGGAGCCCUGUUUUUGUCAUUUUACUCGGGACCCGUCGUACCUAUUGGACAAUCCAUCAUUCACUGGAAAUUUGCAGAGAGAAGCGCUCCAAGCAACACCCAUCCCAGUUUGAUUCUAGGCCCUUUUCUCCUCAUUCUCAGUGCUGUUUCUUGGGCUGUCUACUUGAUCAUCCAAGCAAAAGUAAGCAAAACCUACAAUGUUCCCUACUCAAGCACGGCCAUAAUGUGCGCAAUGGCAACUGUCCAGUGCGUGGCCGUGGCCUUCGGCAUGGAGCCUAACUUAUCUGCUUGGUCCCUCGCUUCCGAUCUUAGGCUCAUCUCAUCUAUCUACGCGGGAGUAGUGUGCUCAGCACUAGCAUUUUGCCUAAUGGCAUGGUGCAUAGACAAGAAAGGCCCUUUAUACGUAUCGGUGUUUAGCCCUUUGCUACUUGUUAUGGUAGCCAUCAUCAGUUGGGCUCUACUUGAUGAAAAGAUCUACACUGGAACAGUUGUUGGAUCUGUGGUGAUUGUGUUGGGACUGUACGGAGUGUUGUGGGGAAAGGGUAAGGAGACCAAUGUUAAUGAAGCAGAGAAGAAGAUAGCUGAGCAUGAAAUGAAAAUGGAAUCACUCUCGCAAAGUCCGGAUGCAUUUAGUAAAUAUUCUCCGAUAGUACGAUAUGCCUAAAAUUGGUUGUGUUUGUACGUUCUUCGUUAUUGAGUUGAUUGAGAAUCUACUUGUUUUUUUACCAUGUAAUUUGCAUAGUACUACUAGUGUAUCUUAUUUACAAUGUUGAAUUGUUUUGUGUACA